AUGCCAGAUGAAAGCAAAGGCUCAUUUGGAAGAUUUUGCUGUUCUAAUCCAUUUCACACUAUCAAAUUCUUUGUUUUCUGCCAAGGAUUCCUGCAGCUCUCUCAACUGAUGACAUCUGGCUACAUGAAAAGCUCCAUUUCAACCAUUGAGAAGCGUUUUGGUUUGUCCAGCCAGACGUCUGGCUUGGUGGCCUCUUUCCAUGAGAUUGGAAACACAAUGCUAAUUAUCUUUGUGAGUUAUUUUGGGAGCCGAGUUCACAGGCCCCGUGUCAUUGGCUGCGGUGCCAUCCUCGUUUCUGUGGCAGGAUUGGUCAUUUCUCUUCCUCACUUUGUUUCAGGACCUUAUGAAUACGAUCACUCCAUUUCUGGAUCCUCGGGUAACACUACAGAUAUCUGUCUCCCACACCGGAAAGCACCCGUUACAGAUGUCUGCACUGACGGCCAGAGGGAAAGCGACGUGGUCUUGAUGCUGCUCCUCUUCGGGCAGACCUUGCUGGGAAUUGGGGGAGUGCCCAUCCAGCCCUUUGGCAUCUCCUACAUAGAUGACUAUGCAAGUGCAACCAACUCGCCUCUCUAUAUAGGAUUUCUUUUUGCUGCAACUGCACUUGGUCCCGCCAUAGCAUUCAUCUUGGGAUCGAUUAUGCUACGUUUUUAUGUCGACAUUGACAAAGUUUCUGCAAUGGAAAUUCAUAUCACUAACAAGGAUCCACGAUGGGUUGGUGCCUGGUGGCUUGGUUUCAUUUUUGCAGCUAGCAUGGUGGCCAUCUCCUCAAUCCCUUAUUUUUUCUUCCCAAGAGAAAUGCUGAGAGAG